AUGGAUAAUAGCGCAUUUCGUUUUAAUCCUAAAACUUGGGAUGCAGAGGAAGAGACCAAUAUUGUAAAUGAUUGGAAUAAAUCAAUUAUAUCAAUAGAAAAACUCCUGGAUACCAUCAAAUCAAUGCCUUCCAUACAAACUAGUAUUUUCUAUGAGAUGCAAAUUAAGAAAAAUAAUAUAAAAAAAGAAAUCGAAGAACUUUCUCAAAACAUAGACACCAUACAAAAAAUUCAAGAUAAAUUGGAUGAGUAUGAAGAAGUUAUGAUGAUGGUCAUAGAUCCUUUGGAUCUGGCUCACGGGAAAGUUG